AUGGGUAGGAAACUGGAUGCUUUGCUUGGCAGGAAUUCCAAGACCUCCAAACUCAAAAACCUUGCCAAACUUGCCAUCUCCAGGAUUUCCAUCCUCAAGAACCAGCGCCAAGUCCGCUGCUCCCAUGCCCAAUCUGAUGUCAUUGAACUCCUUAAACUUGGUCACCAAGAAAGAGCUCUCCUUCGUGUUGAGCAUGUGAUAAAGGAGCAAAACAUGUUGGAUGCGUUUGCGAUGAUAGAAAACUACUGUGAUCUCUUAAUAGAAAGGGCUGUGCUACUUGAAAACAAGGAAUGUCAUGAUGAGCUUAAGGAGGGGAUAUCAAGCCUGAUCUUUGCAGCUUCAAGGUGUGGAGAAUUCCCAGAGCUGCAAAAGAUCCGUCAAAUGCUCACUUCAAGAUUUGGGAAAGAUUUUGCUGAUUGUGCUGUUGAGCUACGCAACAAAUGCAGAGUCAAUCCUAAGAUGAUACAAAAGUUUUCGGCACGACAACCAAGCUUGGAAAUCAGAUUGAAAGUGCUAAAGGGUAUUGCUUCUGAGAUUGGAGUCGCUCUGUAUUUAGAGGAAGAUGCUCCUGUGAUUGCCGAGGAGAAACUGGAUGUCAACCAGAAGCAAAAGCAGUUUGAACCUAACAAAUCAGCAAACUUGGAAGGUACACAGCUUACAGGUGAUCGUCAUGAAUCACCUGCAGAAGAGAUAGUUGAGGAUGAGAGGUUGUCUGAAUCUAUAAAAGCAAGGAAGAAAUACAGAAAUGCAGCUGCUGCUGCUCAAGAGGCUUUUGACGCUGCAGCAUAUGCAGCAGCAGCUGCAAGAGCAGCUAUUGAACUCUCCCGGUCUGAAUCGGGAGACAAUGAUCCAGAUAAUUAUAGUGGUUCUACUCAUCGACAAGGAACUAUAUCCAAGUCCAAUGAGUCAACUACACCUAAAUUCCAAACUGAUUGAUAUGCAGCUUCAAGGGAGAUUAAGCACUCAAACAAUAGACUGAGUUUUGAGAAGAUCCAUCCCAUUGACAAUUUCAGUUCAGAACCAGAUGCAAACAAAUCGACAGAAACAACCAUAGCACAAAUAGAAUUGAAGAGAGAAAAAAUAAAGCAUGAAUAGAAAGGAAACUAUCUGCUUCAAGUUCAGAAUCAGAAGAUGACAUAUUCAGGGAGAGGAAGUUGCCUUCAAAUUAAGCAAAGGCAACAUGCCCCAUGACUUACAUUCUGCAGAAAUCUCAAGCUGAUCCCAUUGUGUAUCCCAUGGAAAGACAAUCUAGGUAGGAAAGCACCAGUUCGCAAUUUUUGUAGAGCACUUAACGCACCGAAAGCAAACAUUGAGAAGAUGGCAUCAGUGAGGACAAUAUAAGUAAUUAGAGAAGGGAGAACUUUCCAUUUUAUUACUAAAGCUUCAUCAAAGCUUAGUGAAAGUAUAUGGGUUAGUUUUGAUAUUUGUUGAUUUUUACUGUAGAAAAAUAAUGACAUGUAAAUUCCAUACCGUGAUAUAGCAUUGGAAAUGAAUUUGAAAAUUCUUGGGCGUGCAGAAUAUUUGGUUGAACUUUCUCCUUCAUCAUCAUUUAUUUUCUCUCUUCCUUUUUUUUUUUUUUUUUUUAAUAUCAACGGAAUG